ACGCGACAACUGUUGGUCCAAACGCUGAGUUCUUGUGGUUACGGAUACCGGGAAUUGUUAUUAUCUCCCAAUCAGUUAAAUGUAUCCAAUUCUCGGUUACGAUAUUAUUUGAUCGCAAAACUCGACAAAACUUUUCACUUCAGUCCAAAUGACGGAGAAUUUGUUACAACACUUCCGGAAUUUAAUGCCAAGAAUUUGUGUCCAUUUUGUGCAAAAUCCUUAUUCAAAACCAACGAUUUAAGUUUGCGACCAAUUCAAGAAUGUUUAGUGCCUUUGAGUGAUAAACAGAUCCAAAACUAUCUCUUGUCCGAUAAGAUUCUCGUCAAAUAUUUUAUGAUUUUAGAUAUCGUUAAAAGCGAUUCAAUGAACACUAAUUGUUUCACUAAAAGCUAUUCCCAUCGCAUCGAAGGCACCGGUUCUGUACUCCAGACCACCGAUCAUGACAUACAAGUGAUUUGCCAACAGCUCAACGAAUGCCAAACCGAUGAGCAAAAGAUUUGUCUUUUGCGGACUCUUAGACUCCGUUUCUUCACUCCCAAAGAGAUCGCAAAUUUAAUGUCAUUUCCGCCACAUUUCGAUUUUCCCGAAGACUAUACGAUUAAACAGAAGUACCGAUUACUUGGAAACUCAGUUAACGUCAAA